AAAAGUCGAUUUGAGUCAGAGAGAGAGAGACUUCGACGACAAUUCAAACUUGUACGGACUAAGACCAGACUCUCUCUGACGUUGUCAGAUCUGCGACCUGCUAGCGAGAGGAUGCGAGAGGAAACUGUGGUUUACGAGCAGGAGGAGUCUGUUUCUCACGGCGGGGGCAAGCACAGGAUCCUUGCAGAGCUUGCCCGCGUUGAACAGGAAGUCGCUUUCUUGGAGAAAGAGUUGAAGGAGGUCGAGAACACAGAUAUUGUAUCAACCGUGUGUGAGGAGCUGCUAUCUGUCAUCGAGAAAGGACCCGAUCCUCUGUUGCCACUAACCAAUGGACCUUUGAACUUAGGAUGGGACCGGUGGUUUGAAGGACCAAAUGGAGGAGAAGGCUGCAGAUGCUUAAUACUUUGAUUCGCUAGACAGAGUAAUGUGUUACAUAUACUAGUUUCUUGCUAGGAUAUCAUUUUACAUGGGAUCCAAAAUGGGGCUGUAGCAGAGAAAAAGCGUACAGAUUAAUGAGCAUUGGAAUUGCAUAGAACGGCUUAGUUGCACCUACGUAAACAGUAUUAUAUGUAUAUGUAAUGUAUGGGAUCCGGAUCUGACAUACGAGUAAUGGAGUUUCAGGCUUACAGCUUCUCAUCUUCUUAUUCUAGAUCUUGUUGAAAGAAGCUGAAAUGUGCAUAGUGAUAUUUGGGGGCUAAUAGAGUAAUAGCUAAUGAGGAAGUGGGUACAAUCUUGAAGACCGUUAAGUGUGUCUCUCUUUUUUCUUUUUAGAUAACUUUUGGCCACAUCCACCCUCCAUGAUACACACACGCUAGUUUCGAGGAUCAGAAUACAUACAUACCUAUGUUUAUUAUAUAGAUAGAACGAUAAUGGAACACAGAGCACAUGCCUCAUCUGUUGUCUUUUUAUUAUUACUUAUUACUCUUCUCCUCCACUUCUGUAUUAUUACAGUCUGUUAAAGUAGAACCCCCUUUUGUUUUUUUCUUUCUAUGUCUCAAAAAUUAAAACAAGUUAUGAGGUUUAAAAA